ACACACUCUCAUUGUUUCCACAGUAAAUAUCGCCACCAGGACCUCCUGGCACCAGACAGUUCCACUAAACAAGAACAGAGGAAAGUCACCAUGAGCACUGCAGGCAAGUAAAUAUCGCCACCAGGACCUCCUGGCACCAGACAGUUCCACUAAACAAGAACAGAGGAAAGUCACCAUGAGCACUGCAGGCAAGGUGAUCAGAUGCAAAGCUGCUGUGCUCUGGAAGCCUGGGACCCCACUGGACAUUGAGGAGAUAGAAGUGGCCCCACCAAAGGCAAAGGAAGUUCGAGUAAAGAUGGUGGCCUCGGGAAUCUGUGGUACAGAUAUAAAAAGUCUGGACUCAAAAGAACUUGCCCAGUUUUGCCCCAUCAUUAUGGGCCAUGAAGGAACAGGAAUAGUCGAGAGUGUGGGAGAGGGAGUAAGCACAGUGAAAACAGGUGAUAAAGUCAUCAUCUUAUGCUUACCACAAUGUGGAGAAUGUAACACUUGCCUCAACUCCAAGAACAAUAUUUGUAAGGAAGCUAGACUGUCAGGGUCACAUCAGACGUCUGAAGGCAACAGCAGAAUUACCUGCAAAGGGAAGACAGUGUAUCAAUUUAUUACUACAGGCACCUUCUCUGAAUACAUAGUCAUAAAGGAAAUCUCAGUCGCCAAGAUUGAUGAAGGUGCUCUGCUGGAGAAGGUGUGCAUAAUCGGCUGUGGGUUUGCCACUGGCUUCGGUGCUGCACUCAACUCUGCCAAGGUGACUCCUGGCUCCACCUGUGCUGUGUUUGGUCUUGGAGGUGUUGGUCUGUCUGUCAUCAUUGGUUGUAAAGCAGCUGGAGCAGCCAAGAUUAUUGCUGUGGACAUCAACAAAGACAAGUUUGCAAAGGCCAAGACAGUGGGUGCCACUGAGUGCAUAGACCCACGAGACUUUGAGAAACCCAUUCAGACCGUCUUAUUUGAUAUGAUGAAUGGUGGAGCAGACUUCUGCUUUGAGGUCACUGGAAACCCAGAAACAGUGGCACCUGCCCUGGCCUCCUGCCACAAGGACCAUGGGGUCUGCGUGAUUGUUGGAUCAAUUGGAUCUUGGGUUCAAAUCAACCUCAGUAGCGAGUUGUUCUUCUCAGGACGUACGGUGAAAGGGUCAGUUUUGGGAGGCUGGAAAACCAAGGAUGAAAUCCCUAAGCUGGUUUCAGACUGUAUGACAAAGAAGUUUAACCUAGAUCCACUGAUUACCCACACCCUGUCUCUCGAUAAGGUCAAUGAAGCAAUUCAGCUAAUGAAAAAUGGGCAAUGUAUCCGAUGUGUCCUGUUGCCUUAAUCACAAGACCUGCGGUAUUUCAUCACUAACUUGUACUCUGCAUUACUGUGAUUUAGAAGACAAUGCUUUUCUACUUUCUUGCCUUUGACUCACUCAGCAACAAUCUUGUACCAGGCUUCUCACCUGACCACACCAUCAAAAUUAUUCUCACAUGACCCAGUGCCGUGCAGGGCCAGCCUCCCUUUGACAGCUAUAUUAUGGUUGAUCUGAACCACCCAAUGGCAUAUUCUGCAGAUGAAGGACUCCAACAUGCUCCACUGGCACAGCUGUCUCUACAUCUGGACCCACAUUUCCUUGCCCACUGGAUCUUCCCCCACUGUAUGGAUCUACACACAAAGCUCUAUGUAUUGUCCACAAGAAUCAGAAUUCCCACCAGAGAAGCUGCUGGAGCUGAUAAACAACUCAGCAGACUUUCAGAUCACAACAUCGACACACAAGAAUCAAUAGUACGCUUAUUUGGCCACAGCAAGUUGUCUGAUAUGGAAAUGAGGGAAGCAGUCUCAUAAUCCGCUAAGAGAUUGAUCUCACAGAUAAAUUAAUAACUAGAAACAAGUUUAACCAAAGGCUAAUGACCUCUACAAUAAAAACUAUAAAACAUG